AUGAAAAUGCUGAAUCCGCGCAGAGCUCGGCUGGAACGCCGGAUGGUUGGCUCAACAAACCGGUGGCGUUUUCCCUCAAAGCCCUUCUCCGGAGACCUGCUGGGGCUUUCGCAGAGGUGCAAGGCUUUGAGCGUGGACCUUGAUGAGGCUCUGAAGAACCCAGACAGGUUAUGCGUUUCACAAAUUCAGAAAAUUUUCUCUGAGACCUCGAAGAACAAGCCCGUCCAAAGCAGGGAGGCAGACGUGAUUCUCGAAUGUCUGGGCUCCAGAUGGGAACUCCAUCAGCCCCAGCUUUUCCAGUCCGAGACCUUGAGCAAGCUCUACCUGAUGGCGCUGGCCCAGAGCACCAAGAGGCCCACAAAGGAACUGGAGAGUCUUCUGCGAGCUCAGCUGCCUGGGAAGAUCAAGGAAAGACCCCCCACGAGGAAGAUGAUCAUUUCCUUGAAGAUCAAUGACCCCGUGGUCACUAAAGUUGCCUUCGCCAUGGCCCUGAAGAGCCUCUACCUGAGCCAGGUGGAGAUGAACGUCAACGACGUGCUGGCCGUGCUGGCUUCCGCACACGUUCUCCAGUUCAGCAGCCUGUUUCAAAGGUGUGUGGCCGUGAUGAUGAAGGGACUCACGCCAAGCACCAUCAAGAGCUUUUACCUGGCCGGCUGCAAGUACAAGGAAGAGCAGCUCACCACUGCCUGCGAGAAGUGGCUGGAAAUGAACUUGGUCCCUCUGGUAGGGACACAGAUCCACCUCCGGAAAAUCCCGCAGGAGCUGCUUCACAGAGUGCUGCGGUCCCCCAGGUUGUUCACUUUUAAUGAGUUUCAUCUUCUGAAAACGCUACUUUUGUGGGUCUUCUUGCAACUGAACCCCAAAGUGCAGACAGUUCCUGUGCAGGAAACGGUGCUGGCAUUUUUUACCAGCUUCUCCAGGAAGUAUUCCUUUCUGGAUCAGGACACGGGACAGAGCUUGGUGCCACUUUUCCUUUGCCUGCGCCUGCACGGCAUCAUCAAAGGCAAAAAUCUGGAGGAGUUAAGGCACAUUAACUUCUUCCCGGAGUCCUGGCUGAUCCGGGUUACAGCCAACCAUUACCACGCACUGGAGAGUGGGGGUGACAUGGCCCACGUUAAAGAUCUUACCACCCAGGCUGUGAGAUUCGGGCUGCUCUUUAACCAGGAGUAUACAACUCAUUCGGAAGUGAUCGCCAUAUACGGAUUCUUCUUUGAGAUAAAGGGAGUCAGACAUGAUACUACCUCUUACAGUUUUUACAUGCAGAGAGUGAGGCACAGUGACGUGGUCUGCGAGCACGGCCCCGUCAGCCUGCGGGCGGAACGCCUGGUGAAGUACGAGAUCAGAGCCCAGACCCUGGUGGACGGCCAGUGGCAGGAGUUCAGGACCAACCAGAUCACCCAGAAGUUUGGGUUCUCCAAGCCGUCCUGCAAAAGCCACGCCUUGAAAAUCCACACCGUGGGCCUUCCAAUCUAUGCAAGUUUUUCAUUCAUCUUCCCAAUGUCUUGACAGUUUCCAGAAGAACCUGUGGGAUUUUUCUUUCUUUCGCCAGGGUCUACAUAAAAGAAAAUAA